GGGGGUUGGCCGCGAGUGAGGACGUGGCAGAGAGCAGGCUGGGGGGGCACUUCCGGUGGGUGUGAUAGGCCCGGGAACCGGAAGUGGGGCCUGGCGGCGGAGCGCAGCCGGGGCAGUAGCGCCAGGAGGGACGAGCAGGAGCAGCUGGGUGAGACUAGUUUGGGGAUGUGAACACAAUGAGUGUAAACCAGCAAGCUCACACAGGGCUUCCUUAUGGGCAGCCUCAGCCUGGAUAUCAGGGAUACCAACAGUCUGGUUAUGGAGGGCAGCAAAUGCCUGGAGUUCAUCAUUCUCAGUAUGGCGCUUACAAUGGUCCGCUGCCAGGAUAUCAGCAGCCAGCCCCUCCACAAGGUUACUUUUCUUCCUUGGGGUUCCCUUCGAAGGGCUCUCCUGUUUCUCUCAACUCUGACACUCCUACUCUUGCACCUAACUUCAUAGGUACAUUAAGAGCUCCCCCUACGUCUGGAGCUCCCCUACCAACCUCUGGUGCACCUGUUCCUGCUGGCCAGCCAGUGUAUAGUCAGUUUGGGCAAGGAGAUGUGCAGAAUGGGAUUGCAACUUCAGCAGUCCAGAUGCAAAGGCCCUCUGCAUCUCAGCCAUUCAUACCAGGCACUGCACCCACACCUGUUAGCCAACCAGCUACCUUCCAGCAAUAUGGCCCUCCGCCAACCAGUGCGCAGCAACUGACCAAUCACAUGGCAGGAAUGCAGAUAGGCAGUUCAACCUCUGCUCCUCCCCCAGCUGGACUGGGCUAUGGUCCCCCAACAUCCGUUCCUCCAACCUCAGGAAGCUUUACUGCUACAGGAUCUGGUCUCUACACAUCUUACUCUUCAAGCCAAGGACCCCCUCCUGUUACCAUGACCCAUGGAUUGCCUCCUACCAGCCUGUCUCAGGGUCUUUCCCUGGCGCAACCUGCUUUUUCUGGUCCACCACUGUCAGCCCAGCGCCUCCCUCAAGCCCCUGGUUUUGUCCCACCUCCCUGCUCCACAGGGAUUGGACCUUCCAGUUACCCUCCUACCACUGGGGCCCCAAGACCUUCAACAAUGCAAGGCUCACAGUUACCUGGACAGGCUCUAACUGGAUUACCAACAUCCCAGCCUAAUCAUGUGUCCUCACCACCACCUCAUCCAUCCAUGUCAGGGCCUGCAAUGACUGGCCUUCAGGGACCACCUCCUCCCACACAUCCUUCCCAGUCAGGAUACCAAAUGCAGCAGAAUGGUUCCUUUGGACAGGUUAGGGGCCCACAACCAAACUAUGGCGGCGCUUAUCCAGGAACACCAAAUUACGGGAGUCAACCUGCACCACCUCCCCCGCCAAAACGCUUGGAUCCAGACUCCAUUCCUAGCCCUAUCCAAGUAAUUGAAGAUGACAGAAAUAACCGUGGAUCAGAGCCAUUCAUCACUGGAGUUAGAGGGCAGGUCCCACCCCUCGUUACUACCAAUUUUCUGGUGAAAGAUCAAGGUAAAAUGCUGUUCACUCCCUCCAUAGGUCCUCCCCAAAAAAAGCACAUUACACUGGUCUACAAUUUUUGA